CGCAAGUAUCUCUUGUCGAAAGGCCGAGGCUCAAUUCUUUAUCAAGCAUAGAUACACGAUUUCUCCCACUGACGCUAUUGUUGUGAACAAUUUUCGUUUAAAGGACCCUAUGAAAGGCCCACAUUGUGCAAGUGUUUGCUUAGGGACUUAUCUGUAGAAAAUCUUUCUUUUAAACGGAUAUAAUAAUCUUUUAGGAUAGAUCUAGGCGGUGCGGGUGUCAACACAGUUUUGGAUUCGUGUACACUUCUAAUAAAUUCCAAAUAAUCAACCGUUUAGUAUCAUUUGUAUCGUCUUUAUGUAUGAAUAUAAAAUCAGGAAACCUUUUGUCCGUGGUCUGAAGAUUCAAACUUUGGAAUAGAUCAGAUUCAAUGGAAUAAAUUUACAGUUCUCACGGAGGGCAGAAUAACGGGUCACGCAAUCUCCCGUCAAAAUGAAAGGGAAAACAGCCCAAAGACGAGGUGCUCGGCCUCGCUCUCGAGGGAAGACGUCAGCCUUGGACCAUAUGUGCGAGUCGCCGCCUCGCCCACCCUCCGCUCUCCCUGACCGCCUCGUGAAGAGUCCCACGUUUGUCAGCGAGAAGACCUACAAAGCCUGCAGCAGCAAGCGACCCUCCACUUCAAGGACUUACCUCAGCUCCCUGUCAAACCAUGUCGACAUCAAGAUAAGUGAUCCUGGGGUGAAAGCCCGGCCGGAGAAAAUCUCCCUGAUGGAUAUGGAGCCUGCGUUUGUGAACGUUCGUAAGGAUGUCCCAGGUCUGUCGGUAUGGAGACUUGAGGGCAAAUCUCGACUGAUUGAGGCAGAGGAGAGAGACAUUGGAUUCUUCCACGAGGGGGCGGUGUACAUUGCACUAGAGAUUAAUGACGAUGGUGACGCCUUUCUACAUUAUUGGAUUGGUGCUCAUGCAAAUGAGGAUCAUAAGUCACUCAUCGAGGACAAGGCUCACGAGCUGGACAGAAUCGUCACACAUGCCGCGGUGUUCUCCAGAGAGAGUCAGUUCCAUGAAUCUCCGUGUUUUAUGCGCCUCUUUCCGGAUGGUAUCGUAUAUUUGGAAUCCAAACCAAAGACCACUGUCAGUCGGGCUAGCGUGUAUGCUAAGAGAAUGUAUCGCAUCACCGGGCGGAAGUUCAUCAGAGCCGCUUGUACGGAGCCGUCUCUGGAGAUCCUGGAUUCUGAAUCCGCCUGUAUCCUGGACGGAUUUCCCCGGAUGUACGUCUGGAUCGGACGACGCUGUAACUACGCACUCAGAAACAAGGCAAUUCAGGUAGCUAAGAGGAUUAGAAAAUUUCAACGACAGGGAGUGGUGCACAUUAUAGUUAUAGACGAGAGAGACGAAGGGAUGAACGAAGCUUUCAGAAAGAAGCUCCACAACAACACGCAAUUUACUGCGCAAAACCGGUGUUUUACUACUGAGGGGUCAACCCAAGAUAGCGCAGCCAUGAAAAUGCACAGAGUAAGUGGCGAUCACGUGAUGUAUAAUAUGCCGGAAGCUGCCAAACCCCUAUUUUACCAGAGAUACUUGGUCCAACGGGAUUGUUACCUGUUGGAUCGCGGUCCCGGGCUUCCAAUUUAUGUCUGGGUGGGAUCUCAGGCCCACGAGAACGAAAUACUCUACGCAAUUAAACGGGGAAAGACAUUCUGUCAGCACAAACAGUACCCGGAUGUAUCUCCUAUCUGUAGAAUAUCGGACGACUUCGAACCCGAUGAAUUCAAAAAGAACUUUUAUGAUUGGCGGGAAAAGGAUACAAAACAUAGACAACUUACAAAACUCUACAGCAUAGGGAACAUAGAGCGUGCGCUGUUCUCGAGACGAGAUAAACGGACGGUGGCCAAGAAGAACGAGCUGUGGUCCACGGACAUCUUACCGGACGGAGAGGAGGACACAGAGAUCUGGAAGAUAGAUGGAGACAAAAUGGUAAAAAUGGACAAUGACCAACAUGGAAUAUUCAAUAAUGGUAACAGCUAUAUCGUUCUUCAUCGUAUUCGAGUCGGAAGCGUCACACAACAAGUGUUGUAUUACUGGCUGGGUUCAAAGCUGGAGCAUGACACCCAGGACAGUGUUCUUGAUUUGGUGCUAUCUAUGAACAAAACUCUAAACAACCAAUGUGUGGUGAUUCGAGUUUUUGACGGCAGAGAACCACAACAUUUGAUGUCUGUUCUUGGAAACUGUUUGAUUAUUUAUGACAAGGACUUUGCUGAUACUCCGGAUGAACGGAAAAGUCGGUUGUUUCGCAUACAGGAACAAGACUCGGAGAACUGCAGUAUGAGAGUCCAGCAGGUGCCCGUUUGUUCCUCAUCACUGAAUUCGUCCGCUGCCUUCAUUCUUAGCACCCCUUCAGACGAGUGCUUUCUGUGGUAUGGGCAGAAAUCUGGAGGCUCAGAAAGGGAAUACGCAAAACAAAUGAUUGGAUAUAUUUCACCAAUGUGUAAAUAUGAAUAUUCCAUAAUGACCGAAGGCAAGGAGAGUAAAACUUUCUGGAAUGUGAUUGGUCAAAAACAGCAAUAUCCAUUGGAAUUGAAAAUGGAGGCAUUAGAUAGAAGACAUCCAAGAUUACUAGCAUGCUGUAUAAAGGGCGAUAAUAUUACAUUUGAACACAUCGAAAACUAUAAGCAAGAGGACUUGUGUGAGAAUGAGAUUUUCCUCCUGGACUUGUAUGACCAGAUUUAUGUAUGGACUGGUGCACAUGUUGAAGAUGCCCUGCAAACGCCAAACUGCCUCAAGUGUUAUGUCCAGUCCGACCCCGCAGGACGGUCAGACGAGACCAUAAGCGUCUGGUUCUUGACACAGAAUAACGAACCUGAUGCUUUCAUCAAAUUUUUCCCAUACUGGACUUCAAGUGGGAUUUCGGGACAACAGUCUUAUGAACUGUGCCGAAAAGUGGUUCGUCAGGAGAAUGUACAAGUCGACAUCGACAAGCAGAUGGUUGAUCGGACAUACGUUGGGAGAACGAAGUACUUGUAUAAAGAACUGCUGAGGAAGGAACUACCAGAAGAGGUGGACCCCCAACAUAAAGAGCAUCAUCUCUCCGAGAAGCAGUUCAAAGAAGCCGUGAAGUACCCACGUGAUCAAUUCUACCGACUUCCGCUUUGGAAACAGGAACAGUUAUUUAGAUCCGCCCGUCUUGGACACACAUGGACUUCAGAAAACCCCUAUAGAUUAAAAUUAGAAUCCCCUGAUCUACACAAUGAAUAAUUUUAUAUUCUCUAAAAUGCCAUACGUUUAUAACUAUUUACAAAUAUACCUUUGAUGUUGUUGAUUUAUAACAAUGAGAAUAAAUUAUUAGAAAAGAA